GCUAAUAAAUUGGAGAAACAAGCUGCGUGAGCUCGGACUAAACCAAACGGUUGAAUAAUGGUACCAACCUCCAUGGGAGGAAGAUGAAAACUGCCAGGCUACCCUCGAUUAGAGCAUCCAUUUUCUCAUUAUCCCAUACCUAUGCCUCCCAGGGCUCACCAAAACAAAUCUUCCCGCAAAAUGAAGACCAACACAUUAUCCACCGCACCGCGUCCACACUAUCUUCAGUUCUUCAGCGUUACAUCAACUCGGAUAAUCCUUUUUAUGGCCAAAAGAUCCAUACCCUUAUUUUGAAAAGCGGUUUUAUACCAAAUACCAAUAUAUCAAUCAAACUCUUGAUUCUUCACUUGAAAAGUGGGUGUCUGGAGUAUGCACGCCAAAUGUUUGAUGAGUUGCCCCAACGGACUCUUUCAGCUUAUAAUUAUAUGGUUGCUGGGUAUUUGAAUCAAGGAUUAGUUGCAGAAUCGAUUAAUCUGGUACAUAGGUUGAUUCUUGACGGGGAAAGGCCUGAUGGGUAUACGUAUUCCAUGAUUUUGAAGGCAUCUACUAGCGGUGGUAAUGUGAUAUUGCCACCUAAUUCGGCAGGUGUGGUACAUGCUCAGAUAGUUAAAUCGUAUGUUGAACCUGAUGAUGUUCUUUCUACGGCGCUUGUUGACGCAUAUGUGAAGAGUGGGAGGGUUGGUUUGGCAAGGAGAGUUUUCGAUAUGAUGAUAGAAAAUAAUGUGAUAUGUUCAACGUCUAUGAUAUCUGGAUACAUGAACCAAGGCCUUCUAGAAAAUGCUGAAGAGAUUUUUGAAAAGACUGUUGAAAAAGAUGUAGUGGUUUUCAAUGCAAUGAUAGAAGGUUAUAGCAAAUCACUUGAAACGGCUCUUAAAGCGCUUGAUGUUUAUGUUGAGAUGCAACGAUUUGGCUUUAGGCCUAAUUUAUCGACUUUUGCAAGUGUCACUGGGGCUUGUUCUUUAUUGGCAGGAUUUGAGAUCGCUCAACAAGUCCAGGCUCAGCUUUUGAAGAGUGGGUUCUAUACUGACAUAAAAAUGGGUAGUGCUCUUAUAGACAUGUAUUCCAAAUGUGGAAGAAUUGAGGACGCACGAAGAGUUUUUGACCAUAUGCCUGAGAAGAAUGUGUUCUCGUGGACUUCCAUGAUUGACGGAUAUGGAAAGAUUGGAAUGCCUAAUGAAGCACUUGAGCUAUUUCAUAGCAUGCAACAAUGUCGUAUUGAGCCCAAUUAUGUUACAUUCCUUGGUUCUCUGUCUGCUUGUGCACAUGCUGGCUUAGUUGCUAAAGGUCGUGAGAUUUUUGAGAGCAUGGAGAGAGAUUACUCACUGAAACCAGGGAUGGAGCAUUAUGCUUGCAUGGUUGACUUGUUGGGGCGUGCGGGAAAUUUACAACUAGCUUGGGAAUUUGUUGCAGGGAUGCCUGAGAAGCCAAAUUCUGAUGUUUGGGCAGCUUUGCUUAGUUCAUGUAAUCUUCAUGGUAAUGUAGAGAUGGCGAGUAUAGCUGCCAAUGAACUUUUUAAGCUGAAUGCUGAAGGUCGGCCAGGUGCAUAUGUGGCGCUAUCUAAUACCUUGGCAGCUGCUGGGAAAUGGGAUGGUGUAAGUGAACUUAGGGAGAUAAUGAAGUCAAGAGGGAUAUUGAAAGAUACUGGCAGCAGUUGGAUUGGGACUGAAAGCUGUAGUGCAAGGCUUCAAAGGUUGCAAAAGUAGUAAACCAACCUUUUAAGUGAGAAAGGAUGAUUCAUUUCAAUUGCUUUUUACAGCAUUAUUCAUAUGAAUCAUUGAUCACAGCUCAUUUUGUUAUAAGUUCUUCAAGGUAUACGACGCUUUGCUCAGAAAAAUGUUCCACUUGUCAUUGAAGCUGCAAAAAAUACAUUGGUGAAGUUUACAUUAUCAGCUUGCUGUGGAUUAUAGCUUUGGAAUUAUAGGGUUUUAGAUGAAGUGAUGAAUAUCAGAUUAACACAGAUGAGUAGACAUCAAAUGUUGGGGUUUAGUGCAGAUUCUACAGAAGAAUAUUGGAUGAGGACCCAAAGAAAUCCCCUUCAAGUGAUAACAGGACUGUUGACCUUCAUGAUUUGGGUCCAGGUGCUCAAGACUUUAAGCUAAUAAGUUUGAUUGGGGUACCGUGGGAAUCUCAAGAGCAAGGAACUACAUGAAAUUUGACUUGGAAGAUCUUGCAGCAUGGAUCAGAGGGAGUUUAGCCAGCAUAGUUUGAAUCCAAAAAUUUAGGCAAUUAUCCAUUAAAGUCCAUGACCAUGAGAAGAUGAAAGGAAAGGUUGGUGUUGAGUUGCAUAUGCCCAUGUUGCUUCUGUGUGACCGUCAUAGUUGAGUUCGCAUUGGGAUUGAUCAAAGCUCCCUUUCUGAUCAUGAAGUGGUUCACCUCCAAGAUCCCUUGUUAAGGUUUCAGAUUUAUCAUUAUUAGUUAGAUUAAUUCAUUGAUUAUAGGAUAUCAUUGUUGACUUUUUCUUGAGGAUGAUGAUCCAUGUGUCUUGAUUUCCUUUUUACAAGUUAAUAAUAUUUCAUCUUUAAGCUUUGUUUUAGGCA